GUAAACGAGAAGUCAUUGUUGCUGCAACUCUCGCGAUACUUCCGUCAGUGGUUCCUCGGAGCAGUAUGGCAGCCGUGGCGCUGAGGUCCUGCCGCAGAGGACUUUCACAGAUUUUAAGUAAUGGAGGGCUCACAGCUUUGUCUUCUCAGCGUCUGGAAGGAGCCAGGAGACACAAGUCCUCAGUCCAGUAUGCUUCACGACCAGACCUUCCCAAGCUGGCCUACAGGAGAGUGAAGGGGAAAAGCCCAGGUGUGCUCUUCCUACCUGGAUAUGGCUCCAACAUGAAUGGGCAGAAAGCUGAGGCACUGGAGGAGUUCUGUAAGUCACUAGGACACUCAUACCUUAGGUUUGACUACACAGGACAUGGGGCCUCAGAGGGGGUGCAAUCAGAAGGAACUAUUGGUACCUGGAAAAAAGACGUCCUUUACGUGUUGGAUGAGUUAGUAGAGGGGCCUCAGAUAAUGGUGGGUUCCAGUAUAGGCGGUUGGUUCAUGCUGCUGGCAGCCAUUGCAAGACCAGAGAAGACUGCAGCACUGGUUGGCAUCUCCACUGCCGCUGAUCACAUCGUCACAUUGUUCAACUCUCUUCCUCUGGAGACACGCAAGGAGUUUGAGGAGAAGGGGGAGUGGACAGUGCCCACCAAACACUCAGAGCAAGGCUUUUACAAGUUUAGCAUGGACUUUCUGAAAGAGGCAGAAAACCACUGUGUGCUCCAGAGUCCCAUCCCCAUCACCUGUCCCGUACGUCUCAUCCACGGGCUCAAAGACGAGGACGUCCCCUGGCACAUCUCCAUGCAGGUCGCAGAGCGCGUCCUCAGCCCUGAUGUGGAUGUCAUCCUUCGGCGACACGGCCAGCACCGCAUGUCUGAGCGUGACGACAUCAAGCUCAUGGUCUACACCAUCGAUGAUCUCAUAGACAAGCUGACCACUCUGGUCUGAGUAAGGGGACGGGGGAGUGAGCUUGAGAGGUUGCGGAAAUAAGGAGAGAAGGACUGUGUUUACCGGGAAGUCAACCCUCAAGAAAUUUACCAAACAACGGCAUGUUUGUCCGCCAAAUAUGACCUUUUACCCAUCUGUUAUCUCCCCCCCCCGUACUUCGUUUGUCAUUUCAACAUGCCGUUACAGUGCAAACUAUAAUGAACGGGAGCCUCCCUGCUAGCUGUUCCCUUAUUUCUUCAGGUUGCAUUUGUAUGUUCCAGAUUAUUAUAUGGAGUGUUAUGUUGACCUUUAUUAGGUCCGCUGUCGCCGUUCUUCCUGUUUGACUGUUUCUCCCUCUUUACUUAGACGCAUAGUUUUCCUGUGCCUUUUUUAAUCACUUUUCACCCGUUUUGGCCAAUAAAACCUCUGCACACUAGA